UAUCUUUAUUUCCACCAGUACUCAUCAACUUUUAGCAAACUGCGGAGAAGCAAUCACAGAGCAGGUCAACAUGCAGAAUCUGGACUCUAAAAUCUUGAUCACGUCUCUCUGCAUUUUACACGUCUUCACGUUCUGUGAAGGGCGUCCCCUCAGAAAAAGGACGGUGAGUGAGGUCCAGCUCAUGCACAACAUCGGGGAGCUCCAGCAGGUGCAGGAGCGUCGGGAUUGGCUGCAGAUGAGGCUCCGGGGCAUCCACACCGCUCCGGGCAGGGGCAGCAGCGAGGAGGCGAGCCGGUUGAGGAGAAGACCACGUCCCCAAGAGCUGCCCGACCUGAGCGACCUGACACCAGAGGAGAUCCAGUACGCUUUGAAGCUUUUGGAUAAACUUCUCAAAACUAAACAGUCAUGAUUUUGUUUGCUGCUAUUUGAACAUCGUUAGUCCCAGCAACAUUUCCAAAUUUCUUCUUAAAUAUUAGGCUAGGAUCGUCUUCUUUAUUUAGGCCUAUUUUAUCUGAUUCAAUUUUUUAUUUAUUUUGGACAUUUUUUAUUUUUUUUGUAUUUGUUUAUUAUUUAUGAAACUGCUAUGUAUGAAAAUUGAUAAAGGUAAACAGCAUGGACGAGGGGAAUCUUACCAAUUGUAUUUGCACUUUUAUUUUUGGACCAACAAUAUUUUUUUUGUUGUUUUUUGAUCAUUUGACAUUAACUUUACUAACGGGCAUUUUUUUUCCUUCUUUUAAUGUAAAUUUCACUUUUAAGCUAUUUAAAAAAUAUAUGUUUUCUGUAAAACUACAAAACAGACAUAGGCUAUGGUUAGACCUCAUAGGACCUACACUUGUCUACUGUAGACUGCUUUACUUUACAUGGAGGGCUAUGUUAAGCAUUUAAAUUUGUG